CUGGGAUUUUUCUGCUGUUGAAUGGGAGUUAAUUUUCCGGGAAAAUCGUUGUCAUGGGAAAGUCGUUCAAGGAUUCUCUUAAAGCUCUCGAAGCUGAUAUUCAGCUUGCCAAUACUAUGGCUUUGGGUUAUCCCAGGGAGUAUGAUGGAGCAUGUCUUCAGAUGAGACUGUCCUACAGUCCCCUUGCACACAUAUUUCUUUUUCUUGUUCAGUGGGCUGAUUGUCAGCUUGCUGGUACUUUUGGGUUCCUUCGGAUUCUUAUUUAUCAGACAUACACCGAUGGUAAAACCACGAUGUCUGUAUAUGAAAGGAAAGCAAGCAUUAGAGACUUUUAUGCUAUAAUAUUUCCCUCUUUGCUGCAACUUCAAACCGGGAUUACUGAUUUGGAAGAUAGGAAGCAGAAAGAGACAUGCUUGCACAGGUACACAAGAAAAGAUGAUGUGGACAAGGGAAAACUUUCUAUAACUGAUUGGGAGACAGAAAAUGAAUGCGGAAUUUGCAUGGAAAUGAAUACAAAGGUUGUGUUGCCUAAUUGCAGCCAUUCAUUGUGCUUGAAGUGUUUUCGCAACUGGCGUGAGCGCUCACAGUCGUGUCCCUUUUGUCGGGAUAGCCUCAGACGUGUAAACUCAGGUGAUCUUUGGAUUUGCACUGACAACGAUGAAAUAGUUGAUUUAUCCAUUGUUUUAAGGGAAAACUUGCAGAGGCUAUUCAUGUACAUAGAAAAGCUGCCUCUUAUUGUUCCGGAUCCUGUUUAUAUUCCCUAUGAUUUUCAUGCGAGACGAGGAUGAAUGUUGAUACUCUUGAGAAAUCUGCUUGUAUAUAACUGGAGUCGAGGAUAACUGUCAGGACCGAGACAAAUCUACAUGUACAUAAUUUUAAUGCAAAUUUCAUCAUGUGUAUAACUGAAAUAACCAGCUCACAGGCUGUAUGAAAUUCAUCGAUAAGUCCCAAUGCUGAAAGCAAUUGACCAUAACGUUUGGCCAGAAAAGAAUCUUCACUGAAAUUUGAUGCUUCUACAUAAACAGACUGUGAAGGGGGGUGAGUGUGUGUUGGGGGGGGAGAGAGAGAGAGAGAG